CGUUUUUUAUUGUAUUUGGGUGUUUGUCUCGGGAAGACAGCAGUUGGUGUCUGACAUGAGUUCUCAGGUGUUGGAUAUCGGCGAGAGAGAAGAAGCGAUCACUAUUGUACACUGUGCAACAAAGCGACUUCGUCAAAUUUUCAAGUACAUAGAUAGAAAGUUGGAGAAAGAGGAACCAGGUUUUCAUGAGUUUCAAAAAACGUGGCGCGCGGCAAAGUCGUUGACCCAGAAAGUUUCACCACAUCCCAGUCGGGAAUGGUUGAACAAGUUUGGAGAAUACUUGAGUUCCGAUAGUUUGGAAGAUUCUACCAGUGAGAGUGGUGAAGAGGGCAUUGGAGAAUCAGAUGUAGAUAGCGUAGAAUUGGUUGAAAGACCUCCUAUCUGGAUAUUGCAAACAGGUGCAAGUGUAUAUGACAGCGAAGAAGUAGUGGAUGAACGUGAUGACUAUUCAGCAGCUCAAGAGGUUGAAAAAGAGGAGGACCGUGUUUUGUCGAAGGCAACAGUAGAUGACCAACAGCUCGUGUCUAGUCUUAUAGAUGACACUGACUCUCAAGUGGAUUGGCCGUCGAAUAGUUGGAAGAACAUCGAUUCUGUUGUUCUUCAGGCUGUUCGAGCUAUGCCAGGAGGUUUUUCUUUAUCACCUGCUGCUUUUCGUUUUCUUUGUGAACAAGUAACAGCCAUAUGUAUAGCAGCCAAUAGAGCUCAUGGCAAACUCUGUUCUUUUCAAGAAGAUGAAAGUCAAGUGUCUACUAGUGCGUUGCCUUGGGAAUGUACGCUUGAAUUGUGUUUGGCUAUGACUGGUGUUCCUAUUGGUGAACAAACUCUUGACAAAGUCAAAUGUAGAAUGAAUCGUAUAUUGUCUGACAAAAAGCAUCGUAAAGCUGCAAAUGAACGACGCAAGUUGAGAGUACUGCUGAUGAGUGUACUGCACCCUCGUUAUCGUAACAACGUUGCACGACUUGUAGCAAUGGUCGAUGUCAUUUUUGAACAUUUUGGUUGUCUCCAGCGUUUAUUUGAUGCAACACUAGAAGAGCUAGCAACUAUUCCGGGAGUAGGACCUAGAAACUUGGAAUUGCUGCACUCAUGGAAGCAAUCUUUAAAAGCUAAACUUGACGACCUUCCAGACACUAGUUCCCCUUCCCAAUUGUAAAGAAAAGUCAAAAAGACGUCG